AUGGUGAAGGAAUUUUUCAAUGGAAAUGAUCUGCCCAGAGUAAUACAUGAAAGAUUGGUAGGUAUGCUGCCUAAUCUAAUCUCAGAUGAGCAGGCUGAUUUUCCUCAUGGCUUUUUUAGAUCAACAAGAGAUGUGAAGCAGAGUAACCCACUAUCACCUACUCUUUUUAUUUUGGCUGCAGAAGCAAUGUCAAGAGGACUAAAUGCCUUGCAUAAGAACCUGUAUUUCUGUGGAUUUGGAUUGCCUAAGUGGAGCCCCAAGAUAAACCAUCUAGCAUAUGCUGAUGAUACCACAAGUUUUUCAUCCUUAGAUGCCACUUCAUUGCAACUUAUAAUGGAAAUAUUGACAGCUUAUGAAGCUGCUUCUAGGAAGCUUAUAAAUAAGAGUAAUUCGGCUAUAUAUAUGCACCACUCUGCCAGUGCACAAGUAGUAGAUAAGGUACAAGGAUCACAGGAAUGCCUAAGCAGGAUUUUCCAUUUAUGUAUCUUGGAUGUCCAAUUUUUUUAUCUUAGAAGGAGGAUGGAGUAUUAUCAAGGUCUCAUAACAAAGGUGAUGGAUAAGUUGCAGACUUGGAAAGGGAAGCUAUUAUCUAUUGGAGGAAGGGAAGUUCUUAUAUCACAUGUACUCCAGAUUAUGCCUAUACACUUGCUUUCAACGGUCAAUCCUCCACCAUAUGUGAUCAACAGGUUACACAAGAUAUUUGCACAGUUCUUCUGGUGCAACUCUGUAGGUGCUGCGAGUAGACAUUGGGCAUAUUGGAACACCCUAUGCUUACCAUGGGAUGAGGGUGGUGUUGGUUUCAGAUCAUUGCAUGAUAUGUCCACGGCUUUAUUUUGUAAAUUGUGGUGGAACUUCAGAACAAAACCUAGUCUGUGGAGCUUGUUUAUGAGCCAAAAAUACUGCAAAAAACUCAAUCCUAUGGUGGUGCCUUGGAAAAAUGGAUCCCAUGUUUGGAGAAAGAUUCUUGAGUGUAGGGAUAUCAUUGAGCAUCAAAUAUUAUGGCAACCUAAAAUGGGGUCUGCUUUGUUCUGGUUUGAAAACUGGAUAGGACUGGGCUCUUUAUAUUUUGUCACACCCCCAGAUUUUGUGUGUGAUGAAUCCAUACACAACAUAUAUGAGGUGGUGUAUGAUGGACAGUGGGAUGAGGAAAAUAUUAGAGAGAUUUUACCAGAAGACAUUGCUUCACAUAUUCUGGAAAACAUACAACCACAAGUGUCGAUUGAAAUCCUUGAUAAACAUGUUUGGAUGCUAGAAACUAGGGGAAACUUCACUGUCAAAUCUGCCUGA